AUGACUGAUCCAUUGAGUGUUAUAAGCGCUUCUGUUGGCCUUGGAACUUUCGCUUUCCAAUCAGCCAAGGCUCUUAAUGACCUGAUCAAAAGCUUCCACGGCUACCCCGAUAGCGUCAAAAAUCUCCAAACAGAGCUACAUGGUCUUAUGAUGGCCCUGGGGCAUGUCCAAAACAUCACUUGUGAUGACAAAGUCCGUGCAGAACUCGACCCUAUCCUGAAGGCGUGUGGCAUGACCUGUUCGGGACUUCAAGACGUGAUCAACAAAUGCACAUCGCAUUCGGGAGGGCGUCAGCCGAAUUUCCAUGAUUGGAUGAGAAUGAAAUUCCUUGGGGGCGACAUCGACGAAUUCAAAGAGACCCUAGCAGGUGACUUGGCGCAAAUGAACCUGCGUCAACUAGCAGACUACCAGAGCGCGAUUUCCGAAACGAUGACUCGUCUUUCGGCCCAGCUUCAGAAUGUUGGCCAACGAUCUCCGAUGGAACUAGAGGACCAAGGACAAAUCAAGGAGCUGGAAGAUGCAAUUAUUCAGUGUAUCCAGGCUUGUCAGAAAGCUGGAAGCAGCAUCGACCGAGUUCGACGGGAAUCCCUUGGCGAAGCAACGCGCAGGCGAAAGAAAAGCAUCGCAGCUCGCAAGAUACAGCAGAAGACAGACGAGGAUCUUCAGCGUGUUCAGUCAUUCCUCUCCAGCAGCGAGACCAGGCUCCUGGAGGUGAAAGAGCAGGAGCUGGUCCGACAGCAACAGCAGCAGUUGGAAGAGCGAAGAUGUUGGCUUGAUCACUGCAGAACAAUCCUGGAGGCGAAACAUGAGGAAGCGCAGCAAGAAAGGGCCCACAGGUUUGAAAAUAUUUCUUCUCAAGACCAAUCCCUUCAGAUUGUUAUAUCUACCACGCAGAAUACGGUCUCAGCUAAGAACGUCAACGCCGCAACUCAAAGCUCUCAAAUAAUGGGUGACUGUCCAAGUUCAACAGUGGAAAAACUCAUUGAGAAUCACGGUUCCCGCCGGCAAGAGAGUCCUUCGGUUCCAUCCAGGAAGGUCUUUAGGUUUUUCGGACGGACAAGCAAAAAGGCGUCCAGUCAUUCUUAG